UUCAAGUUUCAAGCCUGCAACUACAGCGUCGAAUGCCCCCAUCUCUUCUCUUUCAACUGCAGAGUCGGCAUGGAAAUAGAAGCAUUUCCUCACCGCAAAAGGUUUCAUGCUCCAAGUCAAAACCUUGGAAUGCAAUAUUUGAUUCUUCUCCAACGGCCAGAAAUGCCGAUUGUUUCAUAACUGAGAUGCUUAAACCCAAUGUUCAGGAACUUUCGGCUCCACUCUCCUUCCCUGCACGCUCAUCUCCACCGCCCGCUCAAAUCCUUCCACGCGUCCUCUCCACUCCGCUGGAAACUCCGGGACGAAUUCAACAUCACCGGACCCGAACUCCUCUCCCGGAUCACCCGACUCCUCAUCCUAGGCCGUUACAACGCCCUCAACGACCUGUCUUUCGACUUCUCCGAUGAACUCCUCAAUUCCGUUCUCCGAAACCUUAAACUAAACCCCAACGCUUCCUUGCAUUUCUUCAAAUUAGCUUCGAAGCAACAAAAUUUCCGACCAAACGUCAAGUCGUAUUGCAUAAUCGUCCACAUCUUGUGUCGAGCUCGCAUGUACGAUGAAACCAGAGCUCAUUUAUCCGAGUUGGUCGGUUUACGUAAGAACAAGUACUCCUCUUUUUUAGUUUGGAAUGAGCUCGUCAGGGUUUAUAAGGAUUUUAAAUUUUCUCCCUUGGUUUUCGAUAUGUUAUUGAAAAUUUAUGCUGAAAAAGGGUUGAUUAAAAAUGCUUUGAAUGUGUUUGAUAAUAUGGGAAAGUACGGUCGUGUCCCCAGUUUAAGAUCAUGUAAUUGUUUGUUAAGUAGUUUGGUUAAGAAUGGGGAAAGUCAUACGGCUUUGCUUGUUUAUGGGCAGAUGAUCAGUAUUGGGAUCGUGCCAGAUGUGUUUACCUGUUCGAUAAUUGUUAAUGCGUAUUGUAAACAAGGGAGAGCGGAGAGAGCAGUGGAGUUUGUUGAAGAAAUGGAGAAUUCAGGUUUUGAGUUGAAUGUGGUUAGUUAUAAUAGUUUGAUUGAUGGGUUUGUUGGUUUGGGAGAUAUGGAGGGAGCGAAAAGGGUGUUUAAGUUGAUGCUUGAGAAAGGGAUUUCGAGGAAUGUGGUUACCUAUACAAUGUUGAUCAAGGGUUAUUGUAAAAAACGUGAGAUGGAGGAAGCAGAGAAGGUGGUUAAAGAGAUGGAGAAGGAAUUGAUGGUUGUGGAUGAAUUUGCUUAUGGUGUGCUGUUAGAUGGUUAUUGUCAAGUUGGUAAAAUGGAUAAUGCUCUAAGGAUUCAGGAAGAGAUGUUGAAAAUGGGGUUGAAGAUGAAUUUGUUUGUUUGCAAUUCGUUGAUCAACGGGUAUUGUAAGUUUGGUCAAACUCAUGAGGCAGAGAGAGUGUUGAUGUGUAUGAGUAGUUGGAACAUAAAGCCGGAUUCAUUUAGUUAUAAUACUCUUGUGGAUGGGUAUUGUAGAGUGGGCCAUAUGAGUGACGCUUUCAAGCUUUGUGAUGAGAUGCUUCAGGAAGGAAUUGAACCAAGUGUUGUAACUUACAAUGCCCUUCUCAAGGGUUUAUGUCGUGCAGGUUCCUUUGAUGAUGCUUUGCACCUUUGGCAUGUGAUGCUCAAAAGAGGGUUGCUCCCUGAUGAGGUCAGUUGUUGUACUCUGCUUGGUGUGUUUUUCAAGAUGGGAGAUGUUGAAAGAGCUUUAGGAUUUUGGAAAAGUAUUUUAGCAAGGGGCUUUUCCAAAAAUAGGAUUGUUUUUAAUACAAUGAUUAAUGGAUUAUGUAAGAUAGGGAAAAUGGAUGAAGCGAAAGAGAUAUUUGGCAAAAUGAAGGAACUAGGGUGCUUACCAGAUGUAAUAACUUAUAGAAUCCUUAUUGAUGGGUAUUGUAAAAUUGGAGAAAUUGAAGAAGCUUUAAAACUUAAAGAUAAGAUGGAAAGGGAAGCAAUUUUUCCUACAAUUGAAAUGUAUAAUUCUCUAAUUAGUGGAGUUUUCAAAUCUAGAAAACUGAGCAAAGUAGGGGAUCUUCUUACUGAAACGUUUACCAGGGGACUAGCCCCUAAUCUUGUUACUUAUGGGGCUCUGAUUACCGGUUGGUGUGAUGUAGGAAACUUGAAAAAAGCAUUUAGCAUAUUUUUUGAGAUGAUUGAGGAAGGGUUUGCACCCAACAUAAUCAUUUGCAGCAAAAUAGUCAGUUGCCUGUACAGGAUAGGCAGGAUUGAUGAGGCAAAUUUACUGCUGCAGAAGAUGCUAGGUACUGAUCCUAUUUUGGCUCACAUGGGUUUGGAUAGCUUGAAGACUGAUGUUAGAUGCCUGGAUAUUCAGAAAAUUGCAAAUACUCUUGAUGAAAGUGCCAAAAGUUUUUCUCUGCCCAACAAUGUGGUGUAUAAUAUAGCCAUGGCAGGAUUGUGCAAGUCAGGGAAGGUUGAUGAUGCAAGAAGAUUUUUUUCAGCUUUGCUGCAACGAGGAUUCAAUCCAGAUAAUUUUACAUACUGCACUUUGAUUCAUGGCUAUUCAGCCUCUGGUAAUGUCAAUGAAGCAUUCAGUUUACGAGAUGAGAUGCUGAAAGUGGGUCUUAAGCCAAAUAUUGUUACUUAUAAUGCUCUUAUAAAUGGACUGUGCAAAUCAGGGAAUCUGGAUCGAGCACAGAGGCUUUUCACUAAGCUUCCAUUGAAGGGGUUAGCUCCUAAUGCUGUUACCUAUAAUACAUUAAUUGAUGCAUAUCUUAAAGUUGGUAAAACUUGUGAAGCCUCUGGUUUGCUAGAGAAAAUGAUAGAAGAAGGGGUUUCCCCUUCUCCAGCCACCCACUCUGCAUUGGUCACUGGCCUUUGUGAGCUAGGAGAUAAUGGAAAAACUAUGAAACUUUUGGCUGCUCAGGGUCAUGUUAAAUGUGGAGAUUUGAAGAAGAUCACAAAGCUUCAUGAUAUUAUGCAUACCGUGUGUCCAUCCCUUGAUGUUGCUGCACAGAAGCAAAUGGACUUGACAGUGUCCUCAGAUGCUAAAGUGUCAGACAAUGUGUAUUAUAUAUCUGAAGCUGUGUGUUGAUGGAUGCUCACAACUAAGGCGAUACUGGGAUACUUUUAUUUGUGGGAAUAAGUUUAAAGAUUGGCCAUCCUGGUUUUCUUCUUUAGCAUUGAAACUCAAGGGUUGGUCUUGCAUUCCCCUGCAUAAUACAUGCAUGAAAUGCUUUAGAGCUUCCAGCAUAUCGUUUCUCCUGAUGGCAAUCAGACGCAAUGGAGGUCCAUUUUCAACAUGCCCUAUGGAGGAAGGUUGAAAACAUAUAAUCCCAUGUUUAACGCAUUGGUUUUGGACCAACUUUCAUGAUCUUCAGCUGGAAGCUUAGAGUGAUGCUUCAUGCCUAGAACCAGGCUAGAUGCCUCUCUAAUCCAGGCCCUAGAGGCUAGAAUAGGGUAGGAUGAUUAAUGUUUGUACAUGUAUCAGCCAAGGAAUACAUCCAAAUAGUUGUUGAAAUGAAAAUUAUAGUUCUGGACAGAGCCAAAACUUGAUGUUCAAACUACAGAUUCAGUGAACUACAUAUGGUCUUUGUGACAAAAUCUGGCAAAGGUCAUAACUACUGCUCAUUUCA